AUGUCAGACAAUUUCGAGCAAUUUUAUCAAGAUCUCAAGAAAGUCGAAGAGAAGGACUCAGUAUUAACAUCAGAUCAACAGAUCACACGUCUCCUGAAGCCAGGCUCAACUUAUUUGAAUUUGAAUCCAUUUGAAGUGCUACAAAUCGAUUCAGACUGCACGAUAGAAGAAGCCAAGAAACGUUACAAACGACUGUCAAUUUUGGUGCAUCCUGACAAAAAUCCUGACGAUAGGGAACGUGCUCAACGUGCUUUUGACAUUUUAAAGGUAAGACUUUGGUUUUGUUGAUUUUUUUGGUUUUUAGGUAACAAAUGGAGUGGAAAAUGAAGUUUUAUGGCCAUCGUAUAUCAAUAUUGUCAUUACUUAACGAUCACAAAAGUUUUGUCGUUUUUGAACAUUCAAAACAAUGCGAAAUCACGACAAGACUUUUGUGCUACUUCAAGAUUGGCUAAAACAACAUAAAACUCGAAUAAUAGGUCAAUGUUGAUGUAAUUUUGAUCAUUUUCAGAGAGCCAUAACAAAGCUAGAAAAUCCAGACGAGCUAGCCAGAUGUAAAGAAGUUUAUACAGAAGCUAGAGCAAGAUUGGCUAUUGUAAUGAGUGAGAAGAAGAGGAAACUGAGAAAGGACGGCAAGUCAGAAGAGAUCGAUGAAGACACUGAAGAUGGAUAUCGGAAGGCGCUUUGGGUUACUGUGACUAAGGUAAGGCUUGUAGAUUAUGUUGAUCAUACUUUUACACUACCUUAUCCUACCCCACCCCAAACUUUCACGCCUACCCCCUCCCCCCUACCUCUACCUCCGGCUUUUCCCUGCCAACACUUGCCUAGUACCACUAUAUCUUCUACCCUACCUUAACCACGCCUUUAUUAUUACCUUGCUUUAUUCUACUCCGCCUUACUUACCUUACCCUACGCUACUGUACCGUAUUGUAUCCUGCCUUACCUCAAUUCACCUUUUUAAGUCCAUAACUUAAAAAAAUCAUUAAAACCUCCAAUUUCAGGUCUUCGCCGACCGUGAAAAGAAGCGCCGUGCCAUCGAAGAGCGUCAACGCGAAGAGAAACGUCGAACGGCGGAAGAACUGCAAAAAGCUCAAGAGAAACGAAAACUAGAAGAGGAAUAUAAACAGAACUACGAAUCGACCAGAGACCUUCGUCGAGGCUCAUGGCGUGAAUUCAUGAAGAAAAAAGAGAAAAAGCUAGCCACCUACCAAGGCGCCAACUUCCGACCGGUCACUGGCAAGCUAGAGACCAGCAAACAGCAGCCAAGUCAGCCAACUCGACGGUUUUGA